UAGUUGUUUCUACUCUCUGGAUUGUCAGCCAGUUAUUUGCGGGGAGGCGCUGUAGCCAUUUCGCCACAUGAAAGCAUGAUGCGCUGAGCGACCAACAUCCGAGUAGUUGGUGGAGAAGAGAAAUCAGCUUUGAGAAGCUCCGCGCGCGCGCGCACACCCGCACCAACUCGCGCGUGAUUACGCACGGCGCAUAGACACGCACACACUUCCUCCUCGUCCUCCGUGGAAAAAAAAGAGGGAGAGAGAGGAGCAGAGUGAGAGGGCACACGAACUUCCAACUCUCCCAUGUGGAAAGCAGAGGUUUGGAGAUAAGGUGUAUUUUUUCCCCCCUCUUCGGAGCUUUCCCCCCCUCUGCCCCUCUCUUUCUCCCUCGGAGUGUUUUUCUUUUUCUCCUUUUUUCCCCCCCUCAUCCCGGAUAUUUGUGUUCCUAUGAGAGUCUUGCUUGGCGAGAAGAGAAGUUUGGUUGUUUGCCUGGUCGGCUGAGGAGGAGGAGGAGGAGAAGAAGAGUCUGGUUAAAAGUGGGGGGAAGAUGGUCCACAACGCCGCUUGGAGAAGGAGCUUCCUUUGCGUCCUGGCGCUCUAUCUCGGCUUUGCGUCCCCGCCGUGCAAAGCUCGGCUUUACACGAACCACUGGGCAGUGAGGAUAGCCGGCGGAUCCGAGGUGGCCGAUCGGAUAGCGGAAAAAUAUGGCUAUAGGAACAUGGGACAGAUUGGGGACCUCAUAGACCACUAUCACUUCUUCCACAGUCGGACUAUCAAGAGAUCAACUUUAUCGAGCCGUGGUCGCCAUAGUUUCAUCUCCAUGGAGCCCAAGGUGGAGUGGAUAGAACAGCAGGUGGUGAAGAGGAGGAUCAAGAGGGAUUACAAACCUGUCCCACCCCUUUCCCAGACGAGCCCCGCCCAGAACAGCGUGGCCCAGAACAACAUUUUCUACAAUGAUGCGAAGUGGAGCAGCAUGUGGUAUAUUCACUGCAACGACGACGUCCACAACUGCCAGUCGGACAUGAACAUCAUGGGGGCGUGGAAGAGGGGCUACACGGGUAAAGACGUGGUGGUCACCAUUCUGGACGACGGGAUUGAGCGGACCCACCCGGACCUUUCUCAGAACUACGAUCCUCAGGCAAGCUAUGAUGUCAACAGCAACGAUCUGGAUCCCAUGCCGCGAUACGACGCAACCAAUGAGAACAAGCAUGGUACACGCUGUGCAGGUGAAGUCGCUGCAGCUGCAAACAACUCUCACUGCAUUGUGGGUAUUGCCUACAAUGCCAGAAUAGGAGGUGUCCGAAUGCUGGACGGCGAUGUCACGGACAUGGUGGAGGCCAGGUCUCUGAGUCUCAACCCGCAGCACAUCGAUAUUUACAGCGCCAGCUGGGGACCCGAUGACGAUGGGAAGACUGUGGACGGACCGGCGACUCUGGCCAGGCAGGCCUUUGAGAACGGCAUCCGCAUGGGAAGGAAGGGCCGCGGCUCUAUAUUUGUUUGGGCUUCAGGAAACGGCGGGCGCAGCAGAGACCACUGCUCCUGCGACGGCUACACCAACUCCAUUUACACCAUCUCCAUUUCCAGCACGGCCGAGAGCGGACGAAAGCCCUGGUACCUGGAGGAGUGCUCGUCCACCCUGACCACCACGUACAGCAGCGGCGAGAACUACGACCGAAAGAUCAUCACAACAGACCUGAGACACCGAUGCACAGACAGUCACACCGGGACAUCAGCCUCGGCUCCCAUGGCAGCUGCCAUCAUUGCUCUGGCCCUGGAAGCAAAUCCUUCUCUAACAUGGAGAGAUGUUCAGCACAUCAUCGUGAAAACCUCGAGAGCUGGACAUCUCAGCGCUCCUGACUGGAAGACCAAUGCCGCUGGUUACAACGUCAGCCACCUGUACGGCUUUGGCCUGAUGGAUGCUGAGGCGAUGGUAAAGGAGGCGGAGCAAUGGAAGCAGGUCCCCGCCCAACACGUCUGCGUGGAGACCGCCGACAGACAAAUCAGCAGAACCAUCCGUCCGGAGCACUUGGUGCGCUCUGUGUACAAGGCGACUGGAUGUUCGGACAACCCCAACCUCAAAGUGAUCUACCUGGAGCAUGUGGUUGUACGCAUAACCAUCACGCACCCUCGUCGGGGGGAUCUGUCGAUCAACCUGACCUCUCCGUCGGGGACCAAGUCGCAGCUGCUCGCCAACAGGUUGUUUGAUCACUCCAUGGAGGGCUUUAAGAAUUGGGAAUUCAUGACCACCCACUGCUGGGGAGAGAAGGCAGCAGGCGACUGGAUCCUGGAGAUCUACGACUCGCCCUCUCAACUGCGCAGCCAGAAAGUGCCUGGGAAGCUGAAGGAGUGGUCUCUGGUGUUGUACGGCACCUCUGUUCACCCGUACUCCACUCAGCAGAAGGAUCGCUUCAUAGACCCACUGCAGCCUGAGGACGAGUUCACUGAGGAGUACAACGGUCCCUGUGAUGCUGAAUGCAACGAGAACGGCUGCGAGGGACCCGGACCGCACCACUGCAUCAACUGCCUCCACUACUUCCUCAAGUUCAAGAACAACACCAGGAUGUGCGUCUCUGAGUGCCCCAGUGGAUUUUUCCGUGACGACAGGAAGCGCUGCAAGAAAUGCUCCUCCAUGUGUGAGACGUGUGUCGGCAGUCGGAGCGACCAGUGCAUGUCGUGCAGGACGGGUUACCACCUCAUCGAGGGCUCCAACACGUGUGCUGUCAGCUGUGCUGAUGGCUUCUACCUUGACAGUGAUUCCAACAUUUGCAGAAGAUGUCAGGAGAACUGCAAGAGGUGUUCAGCCUCCAAUAUCUGCACCGAGUGUAAACCUGGGAUGAGUCUCCAAGGACAUAAAUGCCAGAUGACCUGUAACCCUGGAACCUAUUUCAACGGCCACAGGAGGACAUGCGAGCUUUGUCAUCGUGCCUGUGCCACCUGUGCAGGUACAGGUAUAGAAGCGUGUUCCAAGUGUGCAGAUGGCUACUUACUGGAGGACUGGCGAUGCGUGUUAACAUGCAGCCCUGGCUACUACCUGUCGGAGCUGACCUCAGACAACGGCCAGGUGCAGCGGUUCUGUAAGAAAUGUGAUAAUAGCUGCUUCGAGUGCCUGGGACCCGGGGAACUAAACUGCAGCAGCUGCAACAGCGGCUACAACUUGGAGGCAGGAACCUGCGUGGUUAGCACAGUCUGCAAAGAUGGGGAGUACAUGAGUAAGCAGGGAAUGUGCCAUCUUUGUGACGCUUCCUGUCAGCAGUGCACGGGUCCGGAAAGCGAAGCCUGCACCGUCUGCCCAGAUACAAGGCUCUUUGAAGACGGCCGUUGUGUCAUCGGCUGCCAGGAGGGGCGCUAUGUCCUGGGGAAGCGGUGUCUUCCCUGUCAUCACACCUGCAAGACGUGCACUGCUGAUGGUCCAGAUAGCUGCACCAGCUGUGACACAGACAGGGUGGGUGUACCCAGGUACCUGUUUCAGAAUCGGUGUCUGGAAGCCUGUCCUGAGGGCUUCUUCUCCUCUGCAAGGAAGUGUUGUGAGCCGUGUCCUGCAGAAUGCGUCGUUUGUACUGCAGCAGACCGCUGCGUCCAGUGCAGCUCGGGAUACAGACCCAGAAAUGGCCAAUGUGUCCAACUGGAGUGCAGCACAGAUGAGGCUUCAGACGAUGAUCAGCAGGACUGUCUUCCCUGUGAUGAGGGCUGCAAGAAAUGCAAGCGCAAUGAUUCGGGAGAUCAGAAACAGAAAACCGCCUGCCUGGAAUGUGAAGACGGAUACUAUCUGUUUGGCGCUGACUGCCAUCAGUCCUGUCCGGAUCGGACCUUCGAAGUGAAGGAGACCAUGACAUGUUCUUCAUGUGAAGACCCAGUCUGCAGCGUCUGUGACCAGUCCCAGUGCUACUUGUGUGAAGAUGGAUUCUACGUCUCUGAUGGAGAGUGUGUGGAUCACUGCCAGGAAGGAUUCUUUGUGCAUAAGGAAAGUCAGGAAUGUGAACCUUGUCACAAAGACUGUCGCUCCUGUGGAGGGCCCAGAUCUGACGACUGCGACUCCUGCGAAGACGGCUUCACUCUGAAAGAUGGGCAGUGUCUCGACGGGAAGCAGCUCGCUACUUGUCCCGAGAGACAGUUCAAAAACAGUCAAGGCAAAUGUGAACUGUGUCACUCCUCCUGUAAGAACUGCUUUGCUGCAGGGAAGGAAAACUGCAGCAGCUGCAACUCUGAGCACUUUUUGACUCUGAAUCACACUUGCGUGUCUCGUUGUCCAUCUGGGACAUUUGGCAACAAGACAUCUGGACAGUGUGAUCCCUGCCUGAGCGAGUGUGUCGUGUGUCAGGAAGCCCAAGCCUGUCAGCGAUGUCGUACAGGACUUUAUCUGCAAAAUGGAACCUGCGUGGUGGAGUGUCAGAGAGGGUUCCCACAGGGUGAAGAAUGCCACCAAUGUGCCCCGGAGUGUGGAUCGUGCAAAGAGCGUCCUUCCAACUGUUUGAGCUGUGUGGGAGGCUUUCUGUUGCUGGACAACUCCUGCUUGUCCUCCUGUCCAGAGGGCUACUAUGACAACAGCAAAGAGUGCCUGCGCUGCCCACAGCACUGUAGCGAGUGCAGUCAGGAUGGCCUCUGCAAGGAAUGUGCAGAUUCUUACGUCCUCUACGAGGCUGAGUGUGUGGACGAGUGUCCCAAAGGUUACUUCAACAAUGAGCAGGAGCAAGAGUGCAUGCAGUGUCAUGCCGACUGCGCUUCAUGUGACGGACCUGACGAGAGAGACUGCAACGUGUGUCGCAACCCUAAAGCGGUACGAUACGAUGGAGAAUGUCUGGCCAGGUGUCCAAGCAACACCUACCACGAUGAGAACAACAAUGAAUGCAAAGCUUGUGACAAGUCGUGUCUGACCUGCUCAGGCCAUGAACCCACCAACUGCCUCAGCUGUGACGCCAACAGACGCGUGGAUGAGAGCAGACGCUGUGUGUGGAACAGUCAGUGCUCCAUGGACUCAUACGUGGACCUGAACGGUGAUUGCCAGCGGUGCCACACACAGUGCCACCGCUGUGACGGUCCAGGCAAAGACCACUGCCUCAGCUGCAACGAGCCACACCUCCUGCUGAACGCCACCUGUGUGAAGAAGUGUCCGGUGGGCUAUUACGUCGAGGACAAAGUUGAUCCUGCGUGUGAACGGUGCCACCCCAGCUGCGAGUCCUGCUUUGGUCAUCACAGUCAACACUGCAAAACCUGCAAACCAGGAUUUUUCAAACAGGCCAGCAGCUGUGUUGAAACCUGCUCUGAGAGCCACUUUGGCAACAAGACCACCAUGCUUUGUGAGCGAUGUGACCCCUCCUGCAGCCAGUGUGUGGGCAGUGGCAACACACACUGUCUGAACUGCAGGGAGGGCUAUGUGUACAUGAGGCCGUGGGGUCAAUGCCUGAAGAGGUGCCCUCCAGGGUAUUACAAAGAUAUCUGGUCCACAGACUGUCACAAGUGUCACCCCACCUGCAAGACAUGCAAUGAUGAGGGCGCUUUGUCCUGUCUGUCCUGUUAUGACGGCUUCACCUUUGAGGGCGGAUUCUGUGACAACCCCUGUUUCAUAGGCUCCUACCCGACCGCUAAGGAUUUGAAGCAUGAUGACCCACACUGCAGACGUUGUGACCAAUCGUGUGAGGGCUGCUGGGGCCCCAGCAUGUGGCAGUGCACCCUCUGCCACCCGAGCCACAUCCUGGCCGACGACGGCCGCUGCUUGAGCUGCUGUGGAAAGAAGACGCCACGCGACGAUCAACCAAUACCCAGAGAGUGCUGCGACUGCGAGGCAUCAUACAUGCGGUGUAUCCUCGGUGUCAACUUUGUCAUGAGUUCAGCUGAGGAUUUAGAGAGCAGGGCCAGGUUCAAUGUCAUGGCCUGCGUCAUGAGUAUCGUUUUUCUGGGCGGAGGGAUCUUUGUUUUGCUCUCCGUCCGCUCCAAGUGGUUCACCGUCAAGAUCAAAACCAAAGAUGGGGGGUAUCAGAAACUGAACACAAACGAUGAUAGUCCACCGCAGCCCACCACCUCCUCGUUCGGGGAAUACAGCGACAGACUCACGGAGUGUGAGAACGAUGAGGAGUAUGACGACGAGGACAUCGUGUACAUGAGUAAAGACGGAACGGUGUAUCGGAAAUUUAAGCACGGCCUUCUGGAUGAUGACGAUGUUGAGCUGGAAUAUGACGAUGAGAGCUACUCAUACAGAUGAAGCAAAGACAUUAAAAAAUAACUGCGCAAAAAUGCUCUUCACACCUAUUUUUGGUACCAUUUUACAAUAAGACAGCCUUUAAUUAUUAACAAGUAAUAACAUUUUAUUAGUGAUGCUAUGAACACUAUAAACCAUUAAUAAAGAAUUAUUGUGUAUUAUUUUAAAAAAUGACAGACAUUAAAGGUGGAAAGUGCCUGGCUAAAUAAUUAUUCUGAUUCUAUGAGAAGUCUAAUUUAUAACAGCUUAUUAAUAUUUGUGAAGCUUUAACAGCCUAAUUAAUGACACAUUUAAAUAAUUAUUUGUGAGGGCAGUCUUAUUUUAAAAUGGUAGAUUUUGCUUAUGACCAUGUUUGUGAAUGUUUCUUGUUAAAUAAGUGCUUAAAUCAAUACGUCAAUGUAAUUAAGUCAAAUGAUUUUUCUCUGUGAUCGUAACUAAGAUUAUUAGCAUAUUUUAUGGUUGAAGCAGGGUAAUAUCUUUUUAUUUCUUGAAAAAUGACUAAAGCUAUAAUUUUUGUCUUUAAAAUUCAGGAAUCUCUUCCACAUGUUUCCUGUCAUGUUUGUAUUUUUAAGUCUUUUUGCUUACAUGUGGUCCCUAUAAAUCUGGGACUCCAUUUUAAAGUUUCAGGUUGUGACUAGCUAGUGUGACAGUGGAGAGAAGGUGGGAUUCACUCAUCUGUCAGACUUGUUUACUGUGAUAACAGCAAGCUGGAUGUAAACGGUGAUGGCUGCUCCAUGGUAACAGAAACUAAGUUGUAUCUAACAGUCAUAACUAAUAAAAUAUGUUGGUUUUUCCCA